AUGACCGGCCAAGCGAACAUUCCCAAGAGUCCACGCAAUCCUGCCUCCCGAAUCGGUCAAGCCCCGGCCGAGAACCCUCAAUCCUCGUUGAAACGCCCUCACGUCUUGACAUUCGGUCCUGCUCCCAUCGAAGUCCCUGCCUCCAAGCACUUCAAACAUUCCCAUCCCGGCGGCUGUCUGGACUCUAGCGAUGCACGCGUAGCCGAGCAUAAUCGCGGUGGCCAUGGUGGGCAAGAGGAGGCUUUGAAUAUCAACCUCAACCUCCCCCAUCCUGCAGCGGAAGCAUCCCAGACGGCCAAGCCAGUCUCCGUUCUCGAGGCGGCUGCCUCUGUCUUCGCUCGGGGGGACGAGAUGCCACACACAAGCACUUCUGAGACGGGAAGAGGACCGGCCGCAAGUUCAAUACCCAUCAGAACCUCGCCUCGAUUCAAUCGCAGGGGUAGCGACCACAAUGACGAUGCAAGACCUCGGCUGCCGUCAGGCGCGCAACUGUUUCAUUCAGUUGCACUUGCUGAGUACCUACAACUUGACGACCGACCGACCCUCGUGGUAGAUACAAAGGAUGACAACAACACCAAGUCUGUUGGCCUCAACCUGAUCUUCGCCAACACAGCCCUGAGGUCUCGCCAGGCGCUGUUCGACCUAGUGCGAGGAAAAUCGGAAGAUCCUACGUUACUUCUCGACUUAGGAACGCCCUUCAGUGAUUUCAAAGCCUGGGUGCUCAAUCCUCUGGCAGAAGCGGACAUCGUGUCGACCUUUCCAUUUGCUGGAUUGUUAUGGCAGAGCACCCUCAUUCGGAGUCGAUUACGGGUUAUACAUGGGCGACAGCAUCCGUUCUCCCCUCCUGCCAGCGGCGAAGCUCAAGGCCGCCCUGCUCUGCAGCAAUACACAGGUCUGGGCACUCUCUCCUCCCCCCAGAUACCUGGUCGAGGCGAUUCUCCAUCGCCCACUUAUUUCGAUAUUCCCCCGCGAACAGGCACACAAGCCGCCCGAACAAUGCAAAAGCUAGUCACGGAAUCCUUGCCCGCGAUGUCACCGGGAAGUCUGGAAUCGACGUCGCCAGUCGCAAGCGGCGACAUGACAUAUGCUGAACUGAUAAUGGGUUCAAGGUCGCCUCCUCCAGAUCAGAAGGCCAUAACAGCCACCAUCAAUCUCGAUGUCGACUCUGAUAUGGCCGGCUCCGAGGUGCCGAAAGGAUAUUUUGACUGGACGCGGCUGCCCUUGUCAUCGUCUUUGCCAUCCCAUGUACAGUUCGCCAGAGGGAUUGACUGGGCUUCCACCAGCCUAGGGCCCAUCGAGAACUGGUCCGCAGAUUUGCGGGGAAUGUGCAAUUUGAUCAUGGCGAGUCCCCAUCCGUCUGCGAUGUAUUGGGGUCAGGACCAUGUCGCCAUUUACAACGAGGCAUAUAUUCUGCUGGCUGGGCAGAAGCAUCCAAAAUUGAUGGGGAGCCGCUAUCGCGAUGUAUGGUACGAGAUCUGGGAAGCGCUGGAAGAUGUCUUCGAGAAUGCCUUUAAAAAUGCCCAAGCCACUAUGAAGGAUGAUGAUUGCUUGUUCAUCCUGCGCAAUGGCUUCUUGGAGGAGACUUACUUUUCUUGGUCCAUCAUUCCUUUGAUCGGGGCUGACGGGGCCGUGGUCGGACUGUACAAUCCGGCGUUCGAAAAGACCCGCCGCAAGAUCGCGGAGAGACGGAUGUUGACGCUUCGUGAGAUUGGCGAACGGACUGCGGCUGCCCGUAAGGUCUCGGACUUUUGGGGCUUGCUGCUUGAAGGCCUCGAGUACAACGAGUAUGAUGCACCCAUGGUUCUGAUCUAUUCUCUAAACGAGGAUUUGGCAGACAGUGACGCUGCCUCGUCAGGAUCUAGUGGAGCAGCUUCGAACAAGAUCUGCUACCUCGAAGGUAGUUUAGGCGUGCCCUCGGGUCAUAAAGCCGCUCCUCCGACGAUAGACAUGAAGACGAGUACAAAGGGCUUUGCUCCAUCGUUUCGACAAGCACUGACAACCGAUCGACCCAUCGUCCUCCGCGUGGAAGACGGCUCUCUUGAAGCAGACUUGCUCACCGGCAUUGAAUGGAGAGGCUUCGGCGACCCUUCUCGUGUGGUGGUGAUUGCCCCCAUCCACCCGACUACCGGGGAGUCGACCUUGGGUUUCUUGGUCAUGGGCACAAACCCAAGGAGGCCAUAUGACGAAGACUACGAUCUGUUUGUCCAGCUGCUCGGCCGACAGCUUGCCACGACGAUUGCAUCUGUGGUAUUGUUCGAAGACGAGAUCAAGAAGGGGGAGCGGGCUGCACAGCUGGCUGCACAGGAUCGCAUUGAGCUGAACAAUCAGCUGGUCGCAAGGACUCAGCAGGCGGUGGAAGCCGAGAACAAGUUCACCAGAAUGGCGGAACUGGCCCCCGUUGGAAUAUUCAUUGGUGAUGUGGAUGGUAAGAUCAAUUUUGUGAACGACGCCUGGUACAACAUCACCUCUUUCCCACGGGAUAUCGACGUCGACGUCGAAUGGAUCAAAUAUGUGGUUGAAGAAGACCAAGUCAAGGUCUGGGACAUGUGGAAGACCAUGUUUGAGAAGCGAUGUGCUGUGUCCCUGGAGUUCCGGUUCAAGACGCCCUGGAGAGACAAGCUUGGAAACACCGGGCCGACGUGGGUUCUAACCAGUGCCUCGCCGGAACGGGAUGAUGAUGGACGGCUUAAACGAAUCUUCGGGUCGAUGACCGAUAUUAGCGCACAAAAAUUUGCGGAAAACCUUCAGACCCGUCGGAUGGAAGAGGCUGUGGAACUCAAGCGACAGCAAGAACGAUACAUCGAUACUACCUCUCACGAGAUGCGAAAUCCUCUUUCGGCCAUCUUGCAGUGUGCCGACUCCAUCACCGCCUCUUUAAUUGAGAUGCGGGAAGCAGGCCAGCUCAAUACACCGCAGCUGGAAGUCCUUGAUCAUACGAUUGACUCGGCCCAGACCAUCACACUCUGUGGUCAACAUCAAAAAAGAAUUGUAGACGACGUGUUGACGCUCUCCAAGCUCGAUUCGGCAAUGAUGGCCGUGUCACCCAUCGACACGCAACCGAUCAGCGUCAUGCGGAAGGUUAUCAAAAUGUUCGAAGCCGAACUGAAGACGUCCGACAUCAAGAUGGAAUUGAAUGUGGAGUCUUCAUACCAGCAAAUGGGCGUCGACUGGGUUCGCCUGGAUCCGCACCGUCUUUCCCAGGUCUUGAUCAAUCUCAUGACCAAUGCCAUCAAAUUCACCACCAUGCAGGAAAAGCGGGUGAUCCGGAUGCAUGUUGCCGCCUCGGGCGACAAACCCUCGUCCGAGGAUAAAUGGAGGUUGACUUACAUCCCAUCACGGUCCACCCGGGAUAAAGAUGUUACCGCGGGGAACGAAUGGGGGUUGGGGGCGCCAGUCUAUAUCCAUUUUGCCGUGCAGGACACCGGCCGGGGCCUGGAUGACUUGGAGAAGAAGCAGCUGUUUCAGAGGUUUUCGCAGGCCAGCCCGCGGACUCACGUUACCUAUGGUGGUUCCGGGCUUGGACUUUUCAUAUCCCGAGAACUUGUGGAACUUCAGGGCGGCGAGAUAGGGGUCGCUUCCGAAAGCGGGAAAGGCAGCAUCUUUGCCUUCUACGUCAAGGCGCGAAUGUCAUCGGGCGAAGGAGAGGACGAUCGGUUAACGGCGGAUUCAUACGUCAGGAAUGGGCCGAAACCACCUCACGCCGCGGUGACCUCCCGGCACACUUCGCCUCUACAAGGUCUGCCUUCCGGGUCUAUCAAAGCUGCACCGGCGACCAAAGUCACACUGUCUGCACCGAUUCAUAUCUUGGUUGUCGAAGACAAUCUAAUCAAUCAAAAGGUGCUGGCGACACAGUUGCGAAAGAUUGGUUGCGUCGUUCAUGUUGCAAACCAUGGCGGGGAAGCCAUCGAACAAAUCUGCAAUUCAAAAUACCACCGCGACCAUGUUGUUGACGGGAUUGAAAUCGAUGUUGUGCUUAUGGACCUGGAAAUGCCUGUCAUGGACGGCCAGACUUGCGCAAGGAAGCUAAGGGAAAUGCAAAAUACCGGAGAACUGGUCGGCCACAUCCCAGUUAUUGCUGUUACGGCCAAUGCUCGGGCCGAGCAGAUUCAAAUGACCUUGAAGAGCGGUAUUGACGAUGUGGUCAGCAAACCGUUCCGGAUUGCGGAGCUGAUUCCGAAAGUGCAAGAUGUGAUGGACAGGUGCUCUAACCAGGCGAAGUCGGCUUCGAAUUGA